AUGCCAAAUUAUGAAAGAAGAGUUAAGAUGAAAAUAUGGGCAAUGUGUGCGAUCUUCAAAUUUUCAAUUUCAGGAGAAGGCCAGAGAACAUAUUUGAUGAACGGACGUCUCCAAAAGGAAAUGCGAUUCAAUGCUGUAUUUAUCUUGGUUGCGUUUGCUUUCUUAACACGAGUUUCCGGGCAUGGUGCGGAAGAACCAGACAUAAUAGCCAAUACUCUCGAAAACAAAUACCUUUGGCGAUGUUUGGACGCUGCAAGCGAUCCCAUGUAUUUGAAGACAUGCGAUGUAUAUAAACAUACCAGAACGCAAAUGAGCUUUUCUAUUAGUUUUGUCCAUCAAAGUUAUGAGACUUGCAUGCAUCCGAUUGUUAUAUAUGGACCAGGGAAAACCGUACUUUGGUGGGAUAAAGAUACUAAUACAGUACGAAUGAAUACGGUACAUAAUCCGGAAAAUUCGGGAUGGUGUUGGGAUGAUUCGUAUUUUGAGGAUUCUUUCACUCUUCACCCUUACAAUCACAAGAACAAAUGCCUAGCUGCACCCGCAAAAGACGGCGACCCAGUAACCGUCAGAUUUUGUAACGAGAACAGUCAACAGGUCGCCUGGUCGUUUUUGAGAUCGAGGCCCAGACCCUCUAAAACAACCAAAGACGUUUCAGCCACAAGUUUAUAG